CACAGCGCGGCAGAACCCCAGAUCUUGCAAGAUGCAGGCUGCCUUAAUGGAAAACCAAGGGGUCCUAUCGGUCACGGAGCUCCUCAUCGUUUGCAGUGUUUCCUGUCUGGUCCUGAUGGUCGCGAAAUCCUUCUGGAAGUCGGUCCCCCGGGGGCUGAAGAGGGUCCCGGGACCGAGGGGUUACCCUCUGCUCGGGAACAUCCUGGACCUGGGGAAGAACCCUCACCUGGCCCUGACCCAGAUGAGCCAGAAAUAUGGGGACGUGAUGCAGAUCCAGCUGGGCGCACAGCCCGUCCUAGUGCUGAGCGGGCUGGACACGAUCCGGCAAGCGCUGGUGAAGCAGGGAGAGGACUUCAUGGGACGCCCCGACCUCUACAGCUUCCAGUUCAUCAGCGAGGGCCAGAGCUUGACCUUCGGCCACGAUUCCGGGGAGGCCUGGCGGUCGAGCCGGAAGCUGGCCCAGAACGCCCUGAAGACCUUCUCCGCCUCCCCGAGCCCGACCUCAUCCUCCUGCCUCCUGGAGGAGCACGUCUCCAACGAAGCCGACUACCUGAUCCUGAAGUUCCAGGAGGUGAUGAAGGAGGAGGAGAGCUUCGACCCCUACCGGUACCUGGUGGUCUCGGUGGCCAACGUCAUCUGCGCCAUGUGCUUCGGGAAGCGCUACGGCCACAACGACCAAGAGCUCCUUAGCUUCGUCAACAUAAACAACGAGUUUGGGGAGGCGGCUGCUUCGGGGAACCCGGCCGACUUCAUCCCGCUCCUCCGGUACCUUCCCAACCGGACCAUGAAGGCCUUCAAGGAUCUCAACAGGCGGUUUGGGACAUUUAUUCAGAAGAUUGUCAGAGAGCAUUACACCAGCUUCGACAAGGAGCACAUCCGAGACAUCACCGACUCCCUGAUUGACCACUGCCAAGAUAAGGUGGACGAGAACGCCAACAUCCAGCGUUCGGAUCAGAAGAUCGUCAAUAUCGUCGGCGAUCUCUUUGGCGCAGGUUUCGACACGGUAACCACUGCUUUGUCCUGGUCCCUCUUGUAUCUGGCGACCUACCCGGAAAUCCAGAAGAAGAUUCAGGAGGAGAUAGACCAAACCAUCGGCAGAGAGAGAAAGCCCCGGCUGUCCGACCGUUCCGUGCUGCCGUACACGGAAGCCUUUCUACUGGAGAUGUUCCGGCAUUCACAUUCCUCCUUCCUGCCUUUCACUAUCCCUCACUGCACCACUCGGGACACGGCUCUGAGCGGCUUCUACAUCCCUAAAGACACCUGCGUGUUUGUCAACCAAUGGCAGGUCAACCAUGAUGAGAAACUUUGGAAGGAUCCUUCUUCUUUCCGGCCGGAGCGUUUCCUCGCUGCCGACGGGGCUGGAAUAAACCGGGUGGAGAGCGAGAAGGUCCUGUCUUUCGGUUUGGGGAAGAGAAGGUGCAUCGGGGAAUCCAUCGGCAAAGGGGAGGUCUUCCUUUUCUUGACCACCCUGCUUCAGAAACUGGACUUCAGUGUGCGCCAGGGACAGACGGUGGACAUCACCCCGGUGUACGGACUCACGAUGAAACACAAGAAGUGCGAUCACUUCCAGAUCAGGCAGCGUUUCUGAAGAGUAAGAUCUGGAGCGAACGAGAGAUGGGUGCUUGGGAACGUUUCUUCCUGUCCGUCUCGCCCUGUUUUAAAAGUUUGCCCCGGAAGUGGGUCCACCUCCCCCGGCUGACACUGUGGGCUGAUGUUCAGCUAAAUGCAGAUGUGACAUUGUUCCUCAGUAGAGGAAAAUAGGUGGUCGUCCAUGCCAUGUCUAACCAGCAGCUGCAGCAGGUCUACGCUUCUGGCCCCACACUGUUGUGCAUUGUCUAGCGUUUCUGACACGGCGAGAUCAUAUUAUUGUGA